CGAUUUACUUUAUGGUUAACUUUUUGACGUUUGUUGUAAAGUUGUAACAUUUUAGUCUAUGACUGAAAUUCCACUGACGUAUCCCUUUGAUAUCGGCAUCGUGUAUUAUUUUUAAUUAAACGAAAUAAAGAAUAAACUACCAAAAUGAGUCUGGAAAUUGAAUCGAUGGUUCGAUACACGUCUCCUAUCAACCCGGCAGUUUUCCCGCACCUCACGCUGCUUCUCCUGGGCAUCGGCAUCUUCUUUACUGCGUGGUUCUUCGUGUACGAAGUCACAAGCACUAAAUUAUCGAGAGAUCUGUUCAAAGAGCUAUUGUUAUCACUAGUUGCCUCCCUAUUCUCAGGUUUCGGUAUUCUGUUCUUGUUGUUAUGGGUUGGCAUCUUCGUGUGAUACCUCUAGAAGUGUUAGUUUGUAAGUUAUGUAUCGCAUUCCGAGUGUGGUUGCCACGAAGAUUGGUGUUAAACCAAAUGUUUGUUUGUAUUCAUAAAUUUUAUAUCUAAGAAAACAAGAUUUUAUUUAUCACAAAGCUUUAUUUCUCUCUUAGUUUAUGGCUAAUAAAACAGUCAUAAUUUAGCUAUGAACAUUUACAAUUCUUAAUUAAAUAAUCAUUGUUUUUGUGUCUUGUAAGGCAUUUAUCAAAAUUCAGCUAUUACUGAAAUAAAUAAGACUUAAAUAUUA